AUGGCGUGCCUCUGGCUCCUGGGCUGCUGGGCUCUCCUGGGCACUGCCCUCGGCUGCGGGAUUCCCGCCAUCCCUCCUGUGGUCAGCGGCCUGUCCAGGGUGGUUGGGGGGGAGGAGGCUGUCCCCGGCUCCUGGCCCUGGAUGGUGUACAUUCAGUACAAAGAUGGCAUCCACUUCUGCGGGGGCGCCCUGAUCAGCGAGGACUGGGUGGUCACCGCCGCCCACUGCAUGGUCACGACGGAUGACAAGGUGGUGGCGGGAGAGUAUGACCUGGACUCCGAUGAGGAGGACGUGCAGGUGCUGGACAUUGAACAGGUGUUCACGGCCCCGGACGCCAGCAUCUCCCCGGUCCACAACGACAUCGCGCUGCUGAAGCUGGCCAGCCCGGCCCGCUUCUCCGACACCGUGUCUGCCGUGCGCCUGGCCGGGCACUGCGACCACUUCCCGCCCGGGACGCCGUGCGUCCUCACGGGCUGGGGACAGACGCUCCUGCCCGCUCGUACACGCUGCGCGCCAGGCAGUGCUGCCCCCGGCCGCGAGGCGGGGCCAUGCGCGCUGACCACGCCCCCGCCGCCUUCUAGCCCCCGAGAGCUCGUACACGAUGCGCCAGGCAGUGCUGCCCCCAGCCGCGGGGCGGAGUGGGCGGGGCCUCCUGGUGGGCGGGGCCGGGCGCGCCGACCACGCCCCCGCCGCCUUCUAGUCCCCGAGAGCUGGUACACGCUGCGCCAGGCAGUGCUGCCCCCGGCCGCGGGGCGGGUCCCCGAGAGCUGGUACACGCUGCGCCAGGCAGUGCUGCCCCUCGUGUCCACGGCGCGGUGUCAGGAGUACUGGGGCGACGAGGUCACGGACGACAUGGUCUGCGCCGGAGGAGAGGGGUCCUCGCCGUGCAUGGGUGACUCUGGGGGCCCCCUGGUGUGCCAGAAGGGGGGCGUCUGGACCCAGGUGGGCAUCGUGUCCUGGGGCAGUCGAGAGUGCGAAACCGACAAGCCGGCUGUGUUCACCCGCGUCGCUGCAUUCGAGUGCUGGAUUAAGGAGACCAUGGGGGCCAACUGAGCCCCUAG